GAAAUAGUUUCGUUUUCAGUUGACAAAACAUUUUUGAGAACCAGUGGAAAAAAAUGUGUUCGGCUUAUAUAACAGUCAGUCUGUCAAAAGCUAUUCGCCAGCCAAGAGCUUCUGGGACUCUGUUUCAUAUCGUUUGUGACAAGAAACUAAUCAUUUGUGAUCUGAGCUUUAUUUUAAGAUACAUCAAAAGAACUCUUUAAUCAUGCUAAAAGCACUACUCUUGGCUGUAUUGAUGGGCCUAAAAUCACUUGGAGUCAAUGCUGCCUGUUACAGAGAAGACUGGAGCGACAGUUUUGAAAGAGAAGGACUCUCGACGUGUCAACAUUAUAUUAGAAAAUUCCAGGUCAACGGAGACGUUGCCAAUGGUAGACUGGGCCUGCUGGAAGGUGCAGAGUGCUGCAGUGCCCCUCCCCCCUGGAUCAGCUCAAAAUUACAAACAGUUCACGCUAAUUGGUGGGACUCUUUCAACUCCCGAGGCGCCGUAGCAUGCCCAGAAGGAUUUUUUCUUCGCGGACUAAAGAGAACUGGUGGUAGUCCAGGAUAUCUUUACAAUCUAGAAGAAGGAAGAUGCACAAAACCAGCUGACCACCCACGUCACUAUGAAUCUUGUUACACUGAGGAUAUAUCACUUUGCAUUCGUCGUAACGGGCUAUGUGGCUGCAGAGAGUCGUACUUUAUUGUAGGCCUGGAGAGAGAUGAGUGCCAAGAGCUGCAGUGUAUAAAAAAGUUAAAAUGCUGUUCAAUGUUGGACCAGAUUGAACCACUCACUGGACUGGGUAAGGUGAAGGAGAGAAUCAUGGAUGUAACUCAAAGCAACAUGGCCCUUUUGGGUCACAUCCUUGGCUACGGAUGGGCGGGCGGAUGUAGGGAGCCGUAUGUUGGUGAAGGUUACAACAGAGUGGGCGAUACAUGGGAAGCUGAUGAAAGCUCUGGAUGUAAUGGCUACAUGAGUGAUUACAGACUGAACAUGGUCUACGGAAACUGGGAUUUCGAACUGGUAAACAUGAAUAAGGGAAUCCAAGUUACUACUCAACUGGAACCGGAAACUAUUGAUUCUGGUACAUCCAUAAACAAUGACUCGACACCAUUAACAGUACAACUAUCAAAAAUGUUUUCAAUAACCCGCCAGGUAACUCACACUGUUACGGACACCUGGGAAGAAACACACAAUUUCGGUGUCAAUUUCAAAUAUGCUGCUUAUGGCGCUAGUGCCCAGUUGUAUUACGAUUUCUUAUAUAAAACAUCGAAGACCACAGUAACCAACAAUAACACCGAGGACGUUAAAACAUUUACAGUGAACAUUGAGAAAACUCAAGAACCGCACACUGUGAAGAAAUGGAAAUUAAUGCUGUCCAAAAGCAGGACCACCCUCCCUUACACAGCUACAAUCAGAGUGAAGUUUUCAGUGGAUUUCCAAGGCUUCCUAAGAUGGGGAGGGGGAAGAAACGGCCAAGACACCAAUUACCAUCACCAGUACCGCGGCAGUGAGGACAGACCAUCGUUUCACUACCAGUUUGGUGAUAAGUCCGUUCCGUUCUAUGAGGCUCUUAAAAAACAAAGCAACAAAAAUUCUUUACCCUGGGAGUGGUUUAACAUAAAAAGCAAAUAUCCGGUUGCUCAAGCGUUGAUUGACGAUCUGGUCAAUGAGAAGCAUUACCAGUUCACUCUGAACGGAGAGUUUGAGGACAUCAUGGGCACGUCAGUCGACGUCGUAUGGGGUCCAGUAACGAAGAGAAAACGCGAACUUUCACCUUUGAAGUUUUCAAAUCCAAUCUUUAGAGAAAACCGCAUUGCAGAGCUUGGACCUCAUGACCUCCCGGUGCAUGUUGAGAAGCCGAACAUCUUCUUAGACACAGCCAAGAUUUGCGAGUUUGAUGUUCCGGUCAACAUUUCCUAUUUAGUUUAAAACAACAACAAAACGUUAACAUACAACUUGAUGACUAAUUUUCUAAUCAUCAUCAUGGUAAAAAUAUUCUCCAUAAGUUACAUAAAAAUGUCAAAACAUUUACAAUUUGACGACUUUUCAUUUAAAAAAUCGAUAUAAGAAUUGAAAUAUUUAUUCCAUGAUAGCUGUAUUGUUGUAUUCAUCACACCCCUAUUGCUAUACAUUGUAUAAGUUUAAACAAAACAACAUACAUCUUUUUCUAUUGGUAAUUUUUUUUAUUUAAAACAAUUUUUAUUUCUACCUAGUUGCAACAUUAUUUGAUACGAAAAGAACUUUAAAUAUAUGGACGGUUUUUAUUUCUAAUUGGCAUAUUCACAGAAUCACAGUUGAUGUUGAAUAGUGAAUCUCUGUUAUAUAUUUGUUGCCUGACAUAAAGAAAAUGUUGUAGAAAUAUUUUCUACCUAAUUCUCAGUCUCUGUAAUAUAAUGUUUGUCUUUUAGGUAGUCUUUUUCAUAUUGGCGCUACCUGUUAUACAGUCUCAUGUAAACUGACAGUCUAGGAAGUCUAGGUCAUAUAAAAUAUGUGAAAUGAUAUUUAGAUAUUCUCUAUGUUAUAGGCCGUCUUUAACCUCUGUGAGUGUCCGUUAAAGGAAUAGCUUUGGCUCUGAUUAUGACCCUUAUCCAAGGAAACGAUUUAACGCAUUGUCUAGGAAGGAGCCAUGGCUCUUCAACGGCCCCUCUGGUCUCACACCAACUACAUGAUCAUAUUAGCGUAGCCGUUGUUGUGAAGCACCACCUUGGUUCCCCCAUCCCAGCUUGACCGAAGACCGAGCCAACGAAAAACUGUCCCUAUGUAUCUGAAUACCUGCACAACUUGCAAAUGUAGUGGAUUUUCUCGUACAUAAAAUGUUUAGUUCAUAUAAGUGUAUGUCUCCUUUCUUUAUGUUCACAUAAAACCUUAUAUGUGCAUGACAUACUGGGUGUAGAAUUAUCUCACAUUAUAUAUAGAUAUAGAUGUAUAAAGACAUAUACAUAUAACCUAACUAUUCACGUACUUAUUUUAUCAUUGAAAUAAUUCAGCUUUUAAACUAAAAACAAGUGCAUUUAUAUUUUGCUUGCAUUUAUUUUUCUAAUUCUUACAUUUACAUUAUUGCCAAUUGUGAAAAUAUUCUUGUAUAUAUCUCUUUUUUUUUAAAUUAAAAAAAUAAUGUUUUUAAAUAAUAAUGUUUUGAUUGAUACCUAUAUUAUACCUUAUAACUUUGGUUGUCGUAAGUAAAGCCAGUCAUUCGGUCAUGGCUGCCUGGUCGUGCGGUUUGCGCGCUGGACUGUCGUUUGGAUUUAUCUAUGGUUCUGGGUUCAAACCCUGCCCUGCCCGCUUCCACCACCCGUCGUCCUGCGAGAGGUUUGUACUAUUUUCAUCUCUGAAGGAACAUCCAUAACAUGUAAACUAUUUUACAAACAAAAUCCUGUAUUAUAGAGGCUCGAGUUUAAAUUAAUUCAACUUUUUCAUUUUUGCUUUGGAAAAGGCAGCAGGGAAACUGUUCCACGAGUUCCAUGCUCCUGUAAUAAACAAAAACGUUUUAUUCGACCA